UGACAGAUGAGGAUUCUGUACCAGAGCACAGCAGCACUUGUUGCUCUGAAGAACUACCGUAACAGGGACUGCUCCUCUGCUGCCUGCCCUUUCUUAAUUAUUAAUUUAAUAACCUGCAAACUUGCUUACUCCAAUGCUUUCGAGCUUUAUCAUUACAAAUGAUAUUCUAAGAGCUUUGUGAGCGCGGUUCAGAAGGGAAACUCACGCUGUGCAGUUGAAACCUCCCUUUGCCACUUAAUUUCAAGAGACCGCCUGGUAGCCUUGGGGGUGAAAAAUGACAGACUCUGUUGCUGCUAAUGGGGAAGGAAAGGACCCUGACAUUGAGCUCUUUGUGAAGGCUGGUAUAGAUGGAGAAAGCAUUGGGAACUGCCCAUUCUCCCAGCGUCUCUUCAUGAUCCUGUGGCUCAAAGGAGUUGUGUUCAAUGUCACCACAGUUGAUCUAAAAAGAAAGCCAGCUGACCUGCACAAUCUGGCUCCUGGGACCCACCCACCUUUCCUGACGUUCAAUGGAGAAGUCAAGACAGAUGUUAACAAGAUUGAAGAAUUCUUGGAAGAGAUUCUUGCACCUCCAAAGUACCCCAAGCUGGCUGCUAAGCACCGGGAAUCAAACACUGCUGGAAUUGAUAUCUUUUCCAAAUUUUCUGCAUACAUCAAAAACACCAAGCAGCAGGAUAAUGCUGCGCUUGAAAGGGGCUUGGUGAAGGCUCUGAAGAAGCUGGAUGACUACCUGAGAACUCCCCUGCCAGAGGAGAUUGAUGCAAACAGCACCGAAGAGGAGAAAGUGUCUAAACGCAAGUUUCUGGAUGGAGAUGACCUGUCACUUGCUGACUGCAACCUUCUGCCCAAACUCCACGUUGUCAAGAUUGUUGCGAAGAAAUACCGCAACUUCGAGUUCCCGGCGGAGAUGACGGGGCUGUGGCGGUACCUGAAGAACGCCUACGCCAGGGAUGAGUUCACCAACACCUGUGCAGCAGACAAAGAAAUCGAGCAAGCCUACGCAGACGUGGCCAAGAGGCUCAGCAAGUCCUAACUGCCCCCAGCCAUGGCUCAGUAUCCCCUUUUACAGACUCUGCUCCUUGUUGCCUUAAGAUGUACUUUAUCCUUAUGCUGUCUGGUUGGCAUCUUUAUGACUUCACCCGUUCCGAGUGUACUGGGCAGGGACAAAUCUGCCUCUCCCUGGAGAAAAGAGAAGGCAGCUGUAGUGGGGGGUGGGGGGGGUGCACACCCUUUGAAGUCUGACCCAAGAUCUGGCUCAACUAGUAUUAUUUGCAAUCAGUAUUGGAAAUGAGUACACUUGACUGGUUUCUUGUUCUGUGUUGGGGGUACAUCAUGACCUGUAUUCUUUGGAGUUUUAAAAAUAGCUGAAGUUUCAGGUAAGAGAGUUAGGAACACAUAGAACUGGUUCCUCUCUAGGUUAUUUCAAGGAUGCCUUUCCCCUCAGUUCUGUUAAGAUCCUUGAGGCAUGAACAAAACACAAGAGAAAAAGGGGAAAAAUAGGAGUUUGACCCUAAAGCAGAAAUGCUCUUAGCAGUUAUAUUUAAAUAAACUCUCUGAAUGCAUCUUCUGUCUUAGCAGGCCCAGGAGUUUAUAGGGUAUUUAUUUUUAACUUGGCGCAAGAGGGGGAAGCCUGAGUGAAUAUGUCAGACUUGCAGAUGCUACUCUGCAUAAAAUUUGCAUGGUGUUGUUGGAUCUGAAUGUUUAAAGCAAAACAGAGUGAAAGAGCAAUUGAGCAGGCAGCCCUUGGAAGAGCAGGGCCCGUGCCAAAAUGCCCAGUGGAUCUGCUGGUUGGUAGAGACAGACAGACACAGCAAUAACAGGGGCAGCAGAUUGACUCCAGCACCCACAGAGGGAAUUGGCACAGCAAACCAAACCAUGCAGGAUAUUGUCAUCUUGACUGUAUGGUUGCCAGUUCCUUUAUAAUUGCUAUCUUGGGAAACUUGGAUCAGCAGUGGGAAGCUGUCGCUGCACACGGAUUGCAGGCAGGGGAAGCAUUUUUCGUUGCCUUGGGCUCCAGAUGGGUCAUUUUCAAGUGCUCAUCAUCUCACCCCAGGAGGGGUUUGCUGUGAGAGCCCCAAAGAGGGCAGGCUGGCACAGUGAGAGGCAUGUUUCCAGCCAGGAAUUCAGCAAGUGCUAGCAGAAAAUCCAUGUGUGGUGCCUCAAUCCCACUCAUCCAGGCUUUACCCAUCCAGGUUCCAGAAUUCUGAAUUAGGCUUUUUUUUUCCUAAAAGAGAUUAUUUUGCUCUCUCUGCAGUGCCUGCCUUGUACAUCUGCUUUACACUGGUGAUUAUUUGCACGUUUCAUCUGCAAAUUCAGAAUGACAGCUCUUUCACUUGAAACUCAUGUGUUCUAUGAAGUACAGGAGGGCACAUGGUUAGGGGGUUUCAGUUUGUGGGGGGAUUCGUUGCUGUUUUAAAAGAUAAAGCUGAGCUGCAGCCUGAUGUGUCUCCCCUUCUGAUCAGAGCUGCUAAAGCUGCACUGAUUUGAGGGGAACCCCAAGCUGGUAGCUGUGACCAAGGGGAGCCUCACAGCACACUUGUUUGCAGCCAGAGAGCUGGGAAAGUGGAACAAGAUGGAAAGCCAGGCUCUGCCGUGUGAUGCUGAUGACAAUCUGAAACCAUCCUUUUGCUGUAGUGGGGUAAUUCCACUUUUCACACUAACCCAGCUGGGAGCAGGAUGUUGCUCAUUGACUGAAGAGAGUUUGUGGUAGACUAUUGUUUCACAUGCAAUGGUCAAUUUGUUCUGAACUUUCAAAACCUUGGAAGAAAAUCCAUUAACUCCCAAGUCUUCUCCUAGAAUGGGCUAUUUUACCAGCGGCUAGACUGGAGGGCAAAGGUUUGCACUCUUUAAAAUAUUGCUGAGAAAUCAGCUGGCUCAGAGAACACUAACAGCAGCCAGAAAAAUCUGAUGAGAUUAGGAGUAUCUGCACAAGCACAUGUGGCUUGUUAAAAAGAUUUCUUCAUGAGAUUGGAAUUAUCGUGA